CAAUUGUAUAUUUUUAUGCUUUUUUCUGUUUUUUCAUCAAUCAGUUCAGAUGAGUUUUUACCAGGAUUCGGUGAAUACAGCGGAACAAUAAACAUAAAAGAGUGGAAUCUUUUUUACUCGGACUUUUUAGAACAAAAAAAUUACCGUUUUUCAUUCCAACCGAGGCUUCCCCAUUGGAUCGGCGAAAAACUUUUAAGAAACCAAAUAGUAAUUCGAACUUUUCCAACGGAAAUCAAUGAUUUCAAGGAAAACACUGAUUAUACAAAGAAUAUCAGUUUGGAAAUGGAAACUUCUUGUGGUUCUUCAAAAUCAGCAUUUGAUAAAACAGAUGUUGUUACAUUGACUUUGAUGGAGAAACAAAAUAACAAUUCAAUUUUCGUUAAGACAAUUCAAGUCGAUCCAUUAUCAGUCGACUUUUAUAGUCCUAAACUAACCAGAAAACAGUUCCAGAUUGUUGCUGAAUUUGAAGUAAAGCAAAGAACUACCUUUUGUGAUUUUUUGUGCAAAAUGAACAGUGGAUAUACUUUUACUGCAGGUGAACACCUUUUGAUUUGUCCAAAUAGCUGCUGGACAUGCCCUGCAAAGAUUGAUGAUAAAAGUUUUGCUGAAAUGGAAAAGUUUGUUAAGAUCAUGAAAUAUCUUGAACUUUUUCAGUAUAACUCAGAAACCUGUAACAUGUGGUACUACUAUAGAUAUAUAACUACUGGUAUCGUUGAACUGGAUAAGAAAACUGUUUCAUCGUUUCCAAAACUCAAUCCUUAUCACUAUUUUGUUGCUUCUUUCGUUGAUACUAAAGCCCAAAAGACCGCAACUAUUGUAUUGAAAGAUUAUAAAAUCAUUUGAAUUUAUACUUAA